AUGAAAUUCAUAUUAACCUUUCUACAAUCACCUGAAUUUACAUCCACAACCGAUUAUGUGACUACAAUUUAUAGACAUCUAUUUAAAAUUAGCAAUUUGUUUGUUCGGGUUGCAGCAAGCAACGGGUUUGCUGAGCUCAUAAAAUUCCCAAAACAGACAUUCGUCUUCGUCUUUCCUUUCUCUUUCCAUCAUAUUAUUUCUUUCUUCAAAUAUGCGAACUUGAAGUUUUACUUUCCUCUUCUUUUCCUUCUCUUUGUCAUUUACUUGGUCCUUACGUCUUUUCCCUUCUUUCUUGCAUAUUUUUCUUUCUUUUACUCUCCUCUUUCGCUUUGCUUUUAUUCUUACUUUCGUUUUCUUUCUUUCUUUCUUUCUUUCUUUCUUUCUUUCUUUCUUUCUUUCUUCUCUGAUUUAACCAAAGAAUUCCACAUUCUUCAAACACGUAGAUUUAUUCUUCAUCUCUUUUAUUCACUUAAUUCUUCAUUCUCUUUCUGUACUGUUUUCUAUUCCAGUGCUACACCUAGAAAAAUAACCGUUUUCUCUUUCCUCGCCCCCUCCUCCUCCUCCUCCUCCUUCUUCUUCUUCUUCUUCUUCUUCUUCUUCUUCUUCUUCUUCUUCUUCUUCUCUCUUCUACUCCUCCUUUUUUCUUCUUCUUCUUCUUCUUCUUAUUCUUCUUCAGUUUUUGUCUUCUUUUUCACAGGCACCCCUACAUCCACCUUCUACCCCAUCUCGUUUGGCGUUUCCAGACAUUCUCCCACAGGAACUCCCAAUAUAAACAGGAACCAAGAAUUGGCAGCACCAUUUUCUCAGGUCGACAGCCCCCACCACACUCUUUCUAUUUUUCCUUCACUUUAUCUAUCUAUCUAUCUUUAUGUCUGCACUUCUUCCCUACUAUCUUUCUUUCAUAUUCUCGUACUUUCUCUCUCUCUCUCUCUCUCUCUCUCUCUCUCUCUUUCUGUGUGUCUCUCUCUGAACUUGAUAUUCCAUCUAUGCAAGUAG